CUCGCGUAGCCCUGCAUCGGACAAUGUCGGCUCGCCACCUCCUCUCCAAUGCCCUGAGGCAAGGAGCAGCUGCUCCCAGGUCAGCCUCCAAGAUCGCCGCUCGACCUUCUUUGACCCUGCCCCGAUCCCUUGCUACUGCCGUCGGACGAUCUCCCGCUACCCAAACCACCACUCUUCCCAAUGGCUUGGUCGUAGCCACCGAGUCAAACCCCGCCGCUCAGACUGCUACGAUCGGUACUUGGAUUGACGCUGGCUCUCGCGCCGAGACUGACCGAACCAACGGAACUGCUCACUUCCUGGAACACAUGGCUUUCAAGGGUACUGGACGCCGCUCGCAGCACUCUCUUGAGCUUGAGGUCGAGAACCUCGGAGCUCACCUGAACGCCUACACAUCGCGUGAACAGACCGUCUACUACGCAAAGACGUUCCGCAAGGACGUGGACAAGGCCGUCGACAUCAUCUCCGAUAUUCUGCAGAACUCCAAGCUGGAGACGUCGGCAAUUGAGCGGGAGAGGGAUGUGAUUCUGAGGGAGCAGGAGGAGGUGGACAAGCAGAACGAAGAAGUCGUCUUUGACCACCUGCACGCCGUUGCUUUCCAGGGUCAGCCCCUUGGACGGACCAUCCUUGGCCCCAAGGCUAACAUCCUGUCCAUCAAGCAGCAAGACCUUGCCGAGUACAUCAAGACCAACUACAGCGCUGACAGGAUGGUGCUGGUUGGUGCUGGAGGUGUUGAGCACGAGGAGCUCGUGAAGCUUGCCGAGAAGCACUUCUCCGACCUUCCCGUCUCGCAAAACCCGCUUUCGACCGGACGCGCUGGUUCCAAGACCAAGUUUAUUGGCUCUGAGGUCCGUGUUCGUGACGACACCAUGCCCACAUGCAACGUCGCCAUUGCUGUGGAGGGUGUCAGCUGGUCGUCACCAGACUACUUCCCCAUGCUCGUAAUGCAGUCCAUCAUGGGCAACUGGGACCGCUCCCUUGGAUCUUCUCCUCUCCUCUCCUCUCGAUUGAGCCACAUUGUCUCGUCGAACAACCUAGCCAACAGCUUCAUGCACUUCUCGACGUCUUACUCGGACACCGGCCUUUGGGGUGUAUACAUGGUCAGCGAGAACUUCAGCCAGCUGGAUGACCUUGUGCACUUCACCCUGCGCGAGUGGCAGCGAAUGAGCACUGCCCCCACUGAGGGUGAGGUAGAGAGGGCCAAGAGCCAGCUCAAGGCAAGCUUGCUGCUGGGUCUGGAUGGCUCUACUGCCAUUGCCGAGGACAUUGGUCGACAAAUGGUUACUGCGGGCAAGAGGAAGACACCUCAGGAGAUUGAGACUGCACUGGAGGCUAUUACCCCUGCUGACAUCAAGCGUGUCGCUCAGAAGUACCUGUGGGAUCAGGACAUCAGCAUUGCAGCAACGGGACAGGUAGAGGGUCUGCUGGACUACAACAGGAUCAGGGCCGACAUGAGCUCGAUGGUGUGGUAAACAGAAGCAGCGUUACUAGUCCGAGAGACGUUGACGUUGAAUGUCAAGAAGGAGGGGCCAAAGGAGAUCAGAUCUGAUAUUCGGGGUGGGCAAAGCGGCUGACGAGGCAGGGGCAGCUGGAAUCCCCGUCAGUGACCGCAACUUAGACGACUUAUCCACCUCACCAUUCGGACACGAUUCCUCCUCCACCAUCUCUCGUUCUGGCCCGCAAUUAGUUCUCUCUGUACCUGCUGCAGCACCAAAUUCAGUUACGUUUGCCAACGACUGUUGCUGCUGCGCUACUUGUGUGAAAGGGUGUUCCUAUCCAAACGCGUCGUGUGUAUGGAUUUACUUAAGACAAGGGAAGACGUCAGAAAAGAAAGGUCGUGGUAUAUUGUGUGUUGUGCAGGUGGGAAAGGCGCC